ACGACGUAACACCGGCGUAACCGCGUUCCCAUUUCAUGCAUGGUGCAAAACCCAUUGAAGGGCUGCAGCCGUAGUGCAGGGUCCCACCCUCACCCUUGGUGCUUAUUUCGGGAUAUGGGUCGUAUUUCUUUGGCCACAACUCUACAAGUACAAGUAGUCGGGGAUCAGAGAAAGAGAGAGAGAGAGUCCCCAAUUCUGCAGGGCGUUGCGUUGCGUUCCUUCUCUUGACAAAGUCACUUACGCAAGGGCAGUGGUAGAAUAAUAGCAGGCUGACGGUAUGGCUGCGCCCCCAGCUAAAGGCGAAGUCCAAUGGAUGCCAGUUCCUGAGGCACCAGCCAACUGUCCUCCAGGUCUCGAAUACAUGAUGCAAAUCGAUCAGCUUCUUGUUCAUCAGAAAAUCGAGCUUCUUGAGGUCCUUACUGGUUGGGAGCAGGCAAACAAAUACGUGGUGAAGAACACCCUUGGUCAGCAAGUGUACUUCGCUGCAGAGGUGUCCGAGUGCUGCCAACGCCAGUGCUGUGGCUCUGCCAGAGAGUUCAAAAUGAGCAUCCUCGACAACGCUGGCAAAGAGGUGAUGUGCAUGCAGCGUCCUCUCCGAUGCGACUCCAGCUGCUGCUGCGCCGACUGGCGUCCGUAUAUGGAGGUGGAGGCCCCUCCAGGUAACAUCAUCGGCUACGUGACGACGGAGAAGUGCGCCUGCUUGUAUCCGACGUUCAUGAUUCAAGAUGCGAGUCAACAGAAUGUGCUGCGUAUCCACGCCCCGGUGUGCGGCAGUGGUUGCUCCUGCUCGCCGAAGUUCCACGUCCGGUCCUUGGACGGUCAGGACGUUGGCCUCAUUCAAAAGCAGUGGUCGGGAUUCACCAAGGAAUUUUUCACGGACGCCGACAACUUCGGCAUCAGUUUCCCAAUGGAUCUUGACGUGAAGAUCAAGGGUGUCAUGCUUGGAGCGCUGUUCCUUAUUGACUUCAUGUUCUUUGAACAUGGAGGCGGAGAAUGAAUAGCAGACACGUGAGAGAUCCAGUUCAAUUGUGUGCAUCAUGCUACUGUAGAUGUGGUGGUACGUGCUCCUUGGAACACCGUCGCUGAUUUCAUGGUCAUGCUGAUAAUAACGUCAAUGAUUAUUAUUGGGUGAUUUAGGCACUCUCUUUGUUGAGUAGUUGAAUAUACUGUUGAGAGUGGCAUACGCCUGCAGUUAGGGUGUCCUGCACUGUCUUCUUAGUCACACAUUGUAUUUAGUGUCUUUUCAUUGUCAGUAGGAUAGGUGUUUGUUUUUUAAUCAUUUCCCCCAAAUGGCCCAAUGUCAGAUUUAGCACUUUCCAAUGUCAUUAAUUUUAGCAUUUCUUUCUCCAUAUUCCUAUAAUUAUAAUUAUAAUGCUAAUAGCUGAUAGUGGCUGAUUAGUGCA